GAAGUGCUAAGCUCAACCAGAGCUCGCUACCGACAUGUCUUUCGGCUGGUCCGCCGGAGACAUCGUCGCAGCCCUUCAAUUGCUGAACAAGGUUCGCAACGCCCUGAAAGACUCCGGGGGCUCCAAGACUGAUUAUCAGGAUGCCACGGCAUUUCUUGACACUUUUUCGGCUACACUCUCGUCUCUAAAAGAUAUCCAGGAGACAUCACCGCUCACAGAGCUUCCGAAAAGCAUCAGCGAUCAUGUUGAGCGUCUACGGAAAGAGAUCGAUCAGUUUCUACAACUACAAAAUGACUAUGGGGGCUCCCUUGGUCCGUUUCCAACAUCCAGCCCGUUUAAGAGUCAAACACGGAAAAUACAAUACGCGACCUCAAAGAAGGUCCAGAGUCUGCGUGCAAAGAUCGGCCCAGAGCUGUCAACGCUACAGAUCAAGUUGCUGUAUCACAUUUUACUUGUUUGUUCCCAAUUUCCAUCCGUCAUCCAGCGUCAGGUGAAACAUGACAGCAAGGCGGCGUUAGACCUCCACGGCAAAGAGCAAGACAUUGGAGCCAUCCUACAGACGAUCGAGUCCCAAGGAGAAAAGUUGGAUGCCUUUCUUGAGGCGAUUUCAAGUUUUCUCUUCUUUCUCGAGGCCGUACAGACCGAUGUUCAAGCUCAGAGGUGGGUACCCUUAUUUCAACGAGAUACCUGGGCAGCAGCGGUUCGUCUUACUCAAUGUACAAUGACUGCAACUCGCCCUGAUCCGGAUCAAUUGUGGUCAGUACUACAGAACAGUCAGCAAAUCGCGCUUGGUCUGCUUGGUAUCUUGAGAGCUGUGAUAUGCCUACUUUCGUUGGCUAUGAUGGCAGGGUACCGAAAGGCCAUCGUCCCUUUUUCCAAGCGACUGACGCUCAUGCUUGUUCAACCUUCAACGCGCGGGAUUAAACUCAUCGAUGCCUUGGGGCGAAGGGCAACUCUACCGUAUGAUUGCGGUAGAUCUUGGGAUGACACCUAAAUGAGACUUUUGAGAAAACAAUUCAGCUGUGGUUCCGCGACUGCCCAGGCGAGGAUCUCCUUCAGAAGGGAAUGUACUGUGUUGCCGAUAC